UUCAGAGAAGUCACACUGUUACUGUCUGUCACUCAGGCCCUCACAUCUCUCCGUAUGGAUUUCUGUAACUUAAGGCUGCCUUUACUCAUUUUGGCUGCUCUUGGAUGCUGUUCCGCGAGCUGCCCGCUUCUCAACACCGAAACGAAAGGCGUUAUCGGUAAAAAUGUGACCUUCAAGACAACAAUCACCUCAACACAGGAUUUUCUAACAGUAACAUGGAAUUUCAACAAAAAUUCAGUAAUUGCACCGAUAAUUACAAGUGUCCUAGUAUCAAACACCAAUAACAUUGAUAAGAAAUACACCAGCAGAAUCAUCUACAAUAAAACAACAUGUGAGCUUCAGCUCGGGCCGCUGGUGAAGGAAGAUGAAGGGGAAUAUAAUCUCAAUAUAGUCACUAACAAAGGAGAGUCACUGUCCGGACAGAUUGAUCUUGAAGUUCUUGAACCCAUAACUGAUGUCAAGAUUUCGUCCAAUCUACCUGAACCUGUAGAGUUCAACAGCACUGUGGUUCUUUCCUGCUCUGCCAAAGGCUCCUUUACUUACAAGUGGCUGAACGAUUCAGUCCUGUUGGUGGUGGAUGGCACACAUAUAAAACUAAAUGCAGCUGGCAAUGAACUAACUAUUGCUGAAGUUCGCCGUACAGAUCUGCGAGGACCUAUCAUCUGCAUUGCAGAGAAUGCACUGGAGUCAGGGAAGAGCCCUCCCUUCAAUCUCACUGUGAGCUAUGGCCCAGAGAAAGUCAUCAUGACACAAACUCCAACAGAUUCAUUCCUCAAGAAAGGUUCUAACUUAACCCUCGCAUGCUCAGCCCAGUCUGACCCUCCUGCUCAGCUUCAGUGGAUGUUUAAUGGGGGGGAGGCGAUGCCUCAGAAGACCACGGCCAACAUUACCCUCACCAGUAUAGAGGAAAAACACAGUGGAAACUAUAGCUGUGUGCCCUACAAUGCAAAGACCAACCGCUACGUUUCCUCGCAGGUUGCUGUGGUGUCUGUUAUGGGUACUUGGCCAAAGUUUCAGACGCAGAAUUUUACCAACUUUUGCUUGGGGUGAUCUGUCAGUGUGAAGCAGGCAUGUUCAGAAGUCCCUGAGGUCCAAAUCCAAGUCAAGUCUCAAGUCUUCAUUCUAUUUUUAGCAACAGUUCUUUCUUUGCUAAUUAUUGUAGUUAACACUGUAU